AAAUUUUGUUUUGAGUUGAGUUCGCCAACCAGUGCUUGUGUACGUUGUGCAUUUAUUGUUGGAUGAUGUGUACUUGCUGUAAACAGAGUUCGAAAAACAAUAUACGUAAUACUACAACGAAGCGCUUUCAGCAAAACUGAUAAGUGAUAAGCUAGAUACGGAAAGAUUAAAUCUAGAUUCAGCCUAACUUCAUCGAAAAGGGCUAUUAAAUUUUUUAACCAGCCAUUCAGAACCGGUAUUGUACAUUCGUAUUUUUAACUCCGAAGGCGGCUAAAUUCAAAGCAACUUAAUAAUUGCUAGAACCUGUUUACUCGUGAGCAUCUUUAGCUGCCAAGUUGGAACUUUUACAUCCUCUGCUAUUUGCUAAGUAAGUAAACAAAAGCAGAUCAACCGGUCGUAGUAGAAACGCAGCUAAGCAACAGAACCAUUACGUGUUCAAUCGGUGAAUCAGAUAGUCAUAAUGGGAACGGCUGGCAAAAUGCGGGCAUUGAUACUGGUUGGCGGAUACGGUACACGGCUGCGGCCGCUUACUUUGAGUACACCCAAACCGUUAGUGGAAUUCGCUAAUAAACCGAUUUUGCUGCAUCAGAUCGAAGCACUUGUCGAAGCCGAUGUCAAUCAGGUCAUCCUUGCUGUUUCCUACCGCGCAGAACAGAUGGAAGUUGAGUUGAAACAGAAAGUGGAACGAUUAGGCGUGAAGUUGAUAUUUUCUCACGAAACUGAGCCUCUGGGGACGGCCGGUCCUUUGGCACUAGCAAAAGACAUUCUCGCGGAAAGCUCGGAACCAUUCUUUGUGCUUAAUUCGGACGUAAUUUGUGACUUCCCGUUUAAAGAACUGGAACAAUUCCACCGAAGACAUGGCAAGGAAGGUACCAUUGUCGUAACCAAAGUUGAAGAACCGUCCAAGUAUGGCGUUGUGCUGUACUCGGAGAAUGGGUGCAUUCAGAAUUUUAUCGAGAAACCUCAGGAAUUUGUCAGCAAUAAGAUUAAUGCUGGAAUGUAUAUUUUGAACCCUUCGGUGUUGAAGCGAAUACAACUGAAACCGACAUCAAUUGAAAAGGAAGUGUUCCCGGUUAUGUGCCGUGAGCAGCAGUUAUACGCCUUUGAGCUGAACGGAUUUUGGAUGGACAUUGGCCAGCCGCGCGAUUUCCUCACCGGAAUGUGCUUGUACCUGAAUUCGGUUCGUCAGCGACAACCAGAGCUGCUGUACGAUGGUCCCGCGAAGUUUGUAGGUAAUGUUUUAGUGGAUCCUAGCGCUAAAAUUGGAGCAGGCUGCAGGAUAGGACCAAACGUUACCAUUGGCCCGGAUGUGAUUAUCGAAGAUGGAGUUUGCAUUAAGCGGUGCACAGUACUGAAAGGCGCCGUCAUCAAGUCUCAUUCGUGGCUAGAGAGCUGCAUCAUAGGCUGGCGGUGCAUGGUGGGUCGAUGGGUUCGCCUCGAGGGUACUACCGUCCUCGGAGAGGACGUAAUUGUGCAAGAUGAAAUCUACAUCAACGGUGGUCAGGUGUUACCCCACAAAAGCAUAGCGCUAAGUGUUCCCGAGCCACAGAUAAUCAUGUAGAAAGUACGUGUCCAUGUGGGUAAACUACACAAGCAAUUAACUGGUGUGUCCUUGUUCGCAGUCACGCGUGCCAAUGUCCUGUGCUUUUUAGCAGUAAGCAAAUUAUUCCAAAAGUGUUUUUCAUUUAUUUUCUCAAGCAGAUAUGGUUGCAUUUAUUUCGAAUUAUUUACAAUGUUAAACAUUGCUUCACUUGGGAAUAUGUGAAAUUGGUUACUUUAUUUACCCCGAGCUAAAAUUGUUUGCAUUCCAGUCCGAUUCAACAAUUAAGCAUCUUUUUUGACCAAA